GUUGCAGGACGGAGCGCAGAAGUCGGGCAGCUGGUGCGAAGCGGACGAGACGCGGCGAGCAGAAGUUGGUCGACACUUGUUUUUCACAGACAAUAACCAUUGAAACCACCGCCGUGACGCUGACGACGGACCUGCACAGCAACGUUUAUUAAAUAACCGCUGACCACAGAAAAGGGACAAACAUGCCUGCGCUCUGUGCACCCACUGAAACCAGCGGCUCACCCCCAUCCCCAGUGGAGGGCAGCCCCAGGAGGCUGUCCUGGGGCAAACUGGUGCAGAGGCUGACCGACUUCAGCUCACCUGCCAACAGCAGCCUUGAGCUGGGGUACAACAAUGGCAGCAGGGGUGAUCUCUCAGACUCAGGGUCCGACAUCUCCGGUGACCUGUCUCCCUCCAAAGAGGAGCUGUUCUACGACCCAAUGGAGGAGACGAUCCUGAAAGACGUGGUGGACGUCAUCGCGAGAAGCCUGCGAGAAGCCAAGGACUCGGACUGUGCCCUGCGGUGCGGCAAGCUGCUCAUCCCCGAGAAGCUCCUGGAGCACAUCGGACAGGAGCUCCUCCACCUGGCGGCCAGCGAGCCCUGCGGUCUGAGGGGGGCGCUCAUUGACCUGUGUGUGGAGCAAGGGGCCGUCUGUGAGAGCAUGGCCCAGCUCUCUGUGGACCCCUACCUCGUCCCCACCUUCCAGCUGACCCUGGUGUUGAGGCUGGAGUCUGGUGGGCUGUGGCCCAAAAUCCAAGGACUUUUCAGCACAAAGUCUCCAUCCACUCCGGUGGUGAGGCAAGCUCUCAAACUCAGCACCGGAUUCCGCGUGAUAAAAAAGAAGCUGUAUUGUUCCGAAGAACUGUUCAUUGAGGAAUGUUGAGAAAUGCAAAAAAAAAAAGAAAAAAGCCCAGUAAAUCUCACAGAAGGGCCUCAUAAUUACUAUGACUGUAUGUGUUGAUGCCUUCUCUGCAAGGUGUCAGGAUGUUGCCUGUUGUUUCUACUGUAAGGUAGUUGAAGUUUAUGGUACCGGGAGCAGGUGCUGCUCCUCAUCGACAUUUCAGAUUUGUUAUUACAACGUGUCACCGUCAUGCUAUAUAUGGUAAACGGCAUUUUCUUUAUUUGCAAGUGUUAAAGAACGUACCUCAGUUUCUAUUGAAACCACACGAUGGCAGCUAGCUACAUGGUUAUAUUCAUUGAAGACCAUUGUGUUUUGUUUUUCCCUUUUUUUCCCCUUUCUUCCCCAAGGCAGUUAACUGAAAUGUACUCAAAGUGACGCAGUGUACAAUAAGCAAACAUUUAGGGACCUUGGUGACUGAAGCACAGGCCGACCAGUGCUUGCCUCUAUGUGUAAGCCGUGGCUAAUAAUUCAAAUGUAACUUGAUCCUGUAUCUGUGUGGACCUUGUCCUGCUUUCAACUUUAUUUAUUUGAUAUUCAAAUGCUCAUAACAUUGCACUGAGUUUUGUAUUUACAUGAUCGCAAAUAAAUUAUUUUUAUAACAA